AAAUAAAAAUUUUCUUACUCUCUUAUUAUUGGUGUAAAAAGUAUUAUUGUUAUGACUUAUGUCAAACUUAGAUAGCAAACCAAACUGCAAAGCAAAAUUAAUUUGUCAAAAUAUUAUAGUUACUCUAUUAAUCUAUCCGCCGUGUAAAAAAUUUGUCUUAGUAUUGUUUUCUGUUUUUCUCCUUGUGCGCUAUUUAUUUUCUUUAUAAAGCUCUAAAUUAGUUCUAAAGUGUUAUUUCGUCUAGAUGUGGGAUUCGUAAAAAUAUCAAGCGCUUGACCUGUGACAUCCGUAAAAUUACCAAGUUGCUAUCAUUGGUGACCAACCCUGAAGUCAAAACGAUAUUGUUCUUAUAAGAAUCAUAUAAGAUGUCUACCUCAUAGUAUCAAAAAAACGGCAGUCGUUGACUUCUUUUCCACUUGAUGGUAAAAUGAGUGAGGAGCAAGAUGAUGGCAGCAAAAAGAGUGCAUCACUUUCUUCUGCUGAGGCAAGCUCUGUGGGAGCAGAGUGUGGAGCCCAUGUCAAUGCUUCAACAAAUAUAUCACAGACUAAUCAGAUGACAGGAGCAGCACCAGAUAAUGCAAAAUGGCAGUGUGAGAUGUGUACUUAUGAGAAUUUCCCACUCUCACGGAAGUGUACUAUGUGCCGAGCACAAAAACCCUCUCUCGGAGAAGAUAUUUUCAAACUGCAGGAUGGUGCCAGUGCUCUACCUAUACAAGAUACUUGUGGUGCUGAAUCAGUAGCUGAAAGAUUGAAACCUCUGCGAAUAUCAUCUCCUCAGGGACAAGCAAGUGCCUCCUCUAUGGCUAAGUGGUCUUGUGGUACUUGUACCUUCGAGAAUUGGCCUCGUUCGCAGAAAUGCGCGAUGUGCGGUGCGACCGCUCCACCUCGAACACAUAGCGACAUACAUGCACCCAGACCUACAGGUAUAAAUGAUAUAUGUAGUCAAAAUUCUUCCAUACAUGAAGUGGAGAAUAACGGUCGUCGCUCGAAACGUAGAAAUAACACGGACUGGAUGUGGUUGCAGGCUUGUUUAGGUGUGGUAGAAGGUGACGCGCGUUGUGUGGAUGCGUACUUAGCGGCAGGUGGAUCACCAGCUCGAGCCUUGACUGCACCGGAAGUUGCACUACUCAAUAGAGCUUCCGCUUUCGACCCGGGACAUACGCUGGUUCACUUGGCUAUUAGAUUUCAAAGGCAAGAGAUAUUAUCAACACUACUGUCUAGAAUAUCGGGUGGUGGACCUGGCUUGAAAAGAUCACCUUCAUAUGUUGCUCCUGAUCUAGCAUCCGCGAUAAGGCGCCAUAUAGCAAGUUGUAUUCGGCAUAAGAAAGGAAAUUUCCCGUGUCGAUAUAUUAAUGAAAUAUGCACAUUUUCCUUACCAGCAGAAAUAGACGAAUUGCCCGCUGCGAUACAAGAGCAGCUAUUCGCUGAAUUAUUAGAUAAAGAUGCACAGCAGACAUUGGAAACGGAUACACCGCUUAUCAAUUGGAGCUGUGAGCUCACAGUUAAUUUAGGGUCGCGUUUGUACGCCCUGUGGAACCGUUCGGCGGGUGAUUGUCUCCCCGACGCGUUGUGUCAAGCCGCGUAUGGCGUGUUUGAUCGCGCUAAUGUGUUGCGGGCAGCAUUGGCUGAUACUCUUCAUCAUGCGCAUAGAAGUUUCUACGCUCGCUGGCAAGCCUGGGAACGCCUUCAAGCAUCCCAGCUACAAUAUGCUCCCGAAGAGUCCCAGCUUCGCGCAGAAUGGAGUCGGUUACUUGCUGCCGCCGCACGACCGGGCACGGCUUUGCAUCAGUUACACGUGUUUGCGCUGGCGCACGUGUUGCGUAGACCGGUUUUAGUCUACGGGGUUGAUGUCGUCAAUUCGUUUCGUGGGGAGGCUUUAGGAUACGCUCGUUUUCAAGGUAUAUAUUUACCAUUGCUAUGGGACGCGGAGUUUUGUUCAAAAUCACCAUUGUGCCUGGGUUACACUCGUGGACAUUUUUCCGCGCUUGUCCCGCUUGAGCCAUACUCGCAUCGGCACGAUUAUAUUUGCCGAGAACAGCAGGAUGAGGAUGGUGAGGAUAUGAUAUUUCUGCCCCUUACUGACUCAGAAGGAAAACUGUUACCCGUCCACUUCCUUACAUGUGAUGAGAUGGCAGACGAAGAAAGCGUAGUCCGUCGUUGGACGUGCGCGUGCGUGACGGAAGGAGGCGUACUCGCGGCAAGACAGCGCGUGCACGCGCGGCCAUUGCUACAGGCGCAGAUGCUAGAAGAGUGGCUUAACCAUUAUAGAAGGCUGGCACAACAAACCCGCGGCCCUUUCCCUCCGCGGCUCCAAACGGCUGAGUUUUCAAGCGACCCAGACACAGAUGAAGAAUAGCUCAUAGACUGUAUGUUGUAUCAUUUAUAUGUUUUUACAAUUAAAUCCUGAAUGAAAUACAUACUUUAAUUUCAUCUAAAAAUAUAUUAAAAAAUCAGAAAAUAAAAAUCCGUUUUUUUGUAUAGUUAAUUACUGAAAAUGUUUAAUAUGUUAUAGUUUACGUGAAACGGAAUUCAAAAAUUAAUUAUAUAUAAAUGAUACAGCAGUUGCCACACUAAUAAUUUAACAAUUUGUUCAAACAGUUCUCUAUCUGCUCGUAUAUAUAUAAAUUUAUAAAUAGCUCGAUUUCGAUAUCCUAGUAUAAGAGACAUUUAUACUAGGAUAUCGAAAUCGAGCUCAAAAUGUAAACAAAAUGUAAAAAGUGUUGCCACAUUUAAUUUUUUGUGUGAUUUAGUUAUGCAAAUUAAAGCCACUAACAAACCAUAAAAAUAACAUUUCAUUUGUCUUUGCUUGGUAUCAUAACUUAAUUUAAGAUUUUAUGACAGUUUGUUUACAUUUUGAUUGCAUCGGAUACAUUGGUCAAUAGUGGUGCUUUCACAUUAAUAAACAUUUAUGUGUUAAAUAUAGUGGGCUAUUUCCUACGUUUAUUUUGUCAAUGAAUUUGUUUUGUUCCAGUUCGUACGUAAAUUAAUAAGCAUACAGCAUGUUAGUAAAUUUAGAAAUAAUUAGUUUUUUGUCUCUGGGAAGCCGAAAAGAGAAUUCUUUAAUAGUCAUAGAUUAUUUAAAUAGUUCAAAAAUGCAAUUAAAUUUAUCGUACAUUUACUAAUUUUUAAUGGCAUUCAGUCUGUAUUAUAUUAACAUCGUUUAACAGCUGUAGCUUAUAUAUCUUCUGCUUACUUGGCAAUAAGGGUUAUCUGACACUUAUUAAAUGUAAAUACUAAAAGCACUUGGUGAUAAUAAUUAUAAUGAAAAAAUAUUGAAACUGAAGUUCUUCCUUCGCACUAGGAGAGAGAAUAAGAAAAUUAAAGAGAAAGUGCAUUGAAACGCUUUGAAUGUUUAGAAUUUUCUAAGAAAAUAUACUUGUGAAUUGGUAAAUCUUAGGAUUUUUCUGGUUGAUAAAUGCUGGGACUUGUAUGAAAUUAAAGAUCCUAUUUGUGAACGUGAAGGGAGAUAUUCGUUUCAAUAAUCAUGUUGAGAACGCUUAAAACACUUUAUUUUUACAGAAUAAAGUUUAUAUGGUAAAGAAAGAGUAAGGAAUGUUGGCCAUAGACAUUUGGCAAUAAUGUUACACGUUUAAGGAUUAUAAACAUCAUGAUAUAGAUAUUUUGCAAAAAAAAAACAAAUUCUACAGUAUUAAUUCAACAAAAUAUCUUUGUAACCUCGUAAUUUUUUAUUUUACCGCCAAAUCGACUUACUCUUCCUAUAUCUGGCAACACUUUGCAACCGCUUUCAUUACUUAGUACAAUAACACUAGUUGGCAAUUAUUGUAAGAAUUUUAAAAAGUUAUUACAAAGAACUACAAAUUGAAAGAUUUGUAUUUAAAUGUAUUUCUCUGAAACUAAUUACCCACUUAUUUUUUACUUACAUAGAUAGUCUGUUAACAUAGAGUAUAUGCAAUAAUUUUAAUAGAUUUCUAGCCGCUUAGAAAGUUCUUAAUUACUUAGAAUAAUAUUUAGAAUAGAAAAACAGUUGCCGUGUCAGUUGUUGCAAAGUGGUAAUUGAUAAUUAAUACGAUUAACAAAUAAAAUACUGUUUUAUCGGAUUAAAGGACAUCGAAGUAUAUAUUUUAUUACAAAACGUAUUUACAAAUUUUCUUUAUGUCAUCUCCAAAGGAUAAACAAAUAUAUAUAUAUGUAUUAUAGUUUUGAUAAAACAGCGUUUUAUGAUUGAUUAAUUUGGGUAAUACCGCUCAAAAUUGUGAAUUCGUAUCAAUUGGGAUGUUUUUCUUUUUGUAAGGUUUUUGGCAAUGUUUAAUUUUUCCUAAUAUGCUUUUUAAUUUUUGUUCUUGAUAUUUAUUCAGAGAAUAUGAAAGCUUGUCAAUUGCAUUCUAAAAUUAUCUUUGAGAAAUUAAUCUCCGAGGCCUUAAAUACAAAAACUUUAGAAAAUUAUAUAGUGUAUUGUCAAUAGUUUGACAAAGUGACUGUGUGAUUAACCUCUUUCAGACAGUCGUGUCUUCUUUAAACCUCUAAAACAAUUCAAAUGUGUUUGUAUUUGAGUACUGAUUUGAUUCUAAAUUGUUUAAACGGAGAGAGUCUAAUAGAUAUUGUACAGAGAGUAUAAGUUAUAUUUAUAGUUUGUAAAUAUAUUGAAAUUGGCUUGCGAUGUAGUUGUAUAAAAAUGUAUAGGGCUCGAUUUUUGUCUUGGGAAUAGAUUGCGUAUUGUAGACUGGUAUUAAGGUUCAGGUUUUAUAUCAAUAAAAAAGCAAAUACAUUAUCAGUAGGGUAUGAAUUUUAUAAAAUUCAACAUUAUUUUCGCUUGAUUGUAUGUCACGAUAAAAAGGCACACACACAAUUUAAGGUUUUCGUGCAUUGCUAACAAUUAUUAUAUUGCUUGGUCGUGGUUUAAUUUGAGAACUUAAAAAAAAUGAAGCAAAUUGCUAAGCAUUUAAUAAAGUUUUUCUAUAUAAUUCUAAUACAGAUUAUGAAUAUAAAUAUUUUGGUAUAUAGUUUACGUGACUAAAUAUAUAAAUUAAACUUAAUUUUCUUGAAAUAUUGUUACUAGUUAAUACGGUAUAGAAAAUAUUAAGUAUUUUUAAAUAUACUUAAUAUUUUUUAAAUGGGACACAAAUUAUAUUGUGCGUCUUAAAAUGUAUGCGAAAUUUAAUACAAAAUACUGUUGUUUAAUAGACUUAUAAAACUUAUAUUUCUAAGAUGGCAAUAAUCAAAGCAAACUUGUUAUUUCUUACAUAGAGGCAAAUGCAUAAGCUAAAUGAAUAUUUUGGCUCUAGGACGAUUAUAUCAUAUUACAUAGGACACCAACCCACACAACGUCUAUGUGGGAUGAUUAUAAAUGGGCCGGCAAAUAUGAAAUUUUCGAAAUAACGGACAGUUGAAAUCUAAACUAUAGUAGUCAAGUGGAAUUUAUGAUACAAUUAAAAUUUCUGAUUAUUAAGGAAUAAUAAAGAAAAGAGAUACAGUCUACAAAACGCACUUUUUAAUCCACAGAGUAUUUAGUUUUUCUUUUGCAGUUGAAUAUAAAUUCACUUAAUAUAUUGUUCCCAAUUAGAUUUUACAAUUUCUCAUCUCAUUAUAGUUGUAUUACUUUUAUAUCAAGUUGUAAAUAGGCUUUUGGGGUUUCUUUUCAAGUGUUGUUUGGGGUUUUUGUUAACAAACGUACAAUUUAAUUUUUAAAUUAUCUAUCUAUAAUACCAGCAGGUUUAAAUCAAUAAAGCACGCAUUUUACGAAGCGUU